GUAGGCUCUGUUGAGAAGAGCCGCGUGAUGCAUUAUUAUAUUUGUUCGUGAGCAAGCAGUUGGAAUAUAUCAAAUACAUAUGUCCUAUCGUGCUCACUCUGGUCAAAAUCUUGAACGUCUAGGUCUAGCCGUGGUCUAGCUACACUGACUUGCCGGACUUGCGUUGGCAAGAGUCAUCGCAACCGCCGUGACGUACGCGGAUUCGUUGACUGAUUUGGGUUGUGGUUGUAGGUCAGUCUCGUCAGAAGUUUAUCGCAUACAAUGAGCAGUUUUCCGCCACCACAUUAUCCUACACGUUCACCACAGUGUCCUGUGGCAGUGCUUAUUGAUUCAUGCAAGCUAUUGAAGUUUCUUGGUCCUUUCCCUGGAAAGGAUGCUCCUCCUUCCGAUCCCCCACCCCCAUACAGUCCCCCAUACCCAGCAGCAACCGGAUAUCCAACCCCGCUGUACCCAACAAACCAGGGUCCAACACAGUACACCAGCCCUUAUCCCAUACCACAAACAAGCCAACCAGUGGGACAUCCAGCCCAGUCGUACCCACCGCAAGGGCAGCCGUACCCGACACUACCGCAGUACCCACCAGGGUCCCAGUACGGCGGUGCAGCCUAUCCGCAACAACAGGUUGUGUACGUUCCGGGAGCCUUUGAUGCCGGAGCCAGGUUUGCACCAGGAGCUCCUAUCAGCAUACCACCACCACCUCCAGGGGUCGCUCCCAAUGCAGCACAGAUAGCCGCCAUGCAAGGCAAUGCAACCGUUGUCAUGGGACAGAAGAAGCCUGACCUUUUUGUUGGCAAGGGUGACUUCACCUUUUGGUAAAGAGCUGCAGCUCACAAUACAAAAAGUAUUAAGAAUGUGCACUUCAGUUGCUUCACUUAAUGUUUGUACUUAGCCACUUAUUAACGUUGUUUGAUGUUCUUCACAUGUUCCUAUAAUGCAGUUUCUGUUGGUGCUUUUUAAAUGUAAAUCAUUUUGCCAGCAAGUAUUAGUAAUCUAAUACUUGAAGCCAGCUACAUAUGCAUGGAGAUUGUUAUGGAACCAUGCCUGUUCCUUAGGAGACGAUUAUUAUAGAUUAUUAUUGGCACUUUGAUCGAUUCCCACCAUAAGCAAUCAUUACUCACAUGAAAAUUAAUUGUUUUUGCUGAACCGAACAAAGCUACACAAGCUUAUGUCAUCCUUCCUACUGUGCAAACUCGGAAGCACAGUAGAAAGAAUGGCGUAGAAAAUGUGUAUCCGUGCAUAGAAGUGAGCAUGGGUAAGUAUACAUGUUGUACCUGCAGAUGCGUCAUUUGCUGCAAUUUUAGUCAAAUAUCCUGUACCUGAACAGCAGUUUGAGUACCAGCAUACUCUCAAGGUUGCCUGCUGUAAAUUAUCUAGGCUGUAAGUCACUUUUGCAAGGCUUUGGUAAAGGUAUCUGAAUUUAAUGGACACUAUUAGGCAUUGGUGGUGGCUUGAUGUGUCUGCCAAUGGACCACUUUCGUGGACCACACCGUGCAUGCUCGCCUCUCCUCCCGUGCACACUCCCGCACUUCCUGGUUAAAACCGCCACCAUUUUCUCUUGGUGCUGUAGUGAAUCAAUGCCCACUCAGUGCGCUGUGUUUAGUGUUCUCCAACUAACAGGGCUCGUAUCUUUCCACAUUCAAGUGCUGUGUAGAUUUGCCGAUUGCCUGCAUGGAAGUGCAGCAACUACUUCAAACGCUCAUAUGCUCAAUGUUGCGUUUUUCUUUUCGAACAUCAUGUAUUAUAAUCCCGAAAUAAACUCUUGCUUGAGGAA